CCAAAAAAUAUUAAAUAAGUAAUUUUAAUUUAUACUCACUACUGUCGCGUAUAAAAUUAUUUAUAAUUAAUUACACAUCAGAUAUCAAGAAGUGUACCUAAACUUUGGGAAAUUUAAUAAAACGUUAAACUUGUCAGCUCUCAAUAUUAGACCAAUAUAUCUUUUACAGAUUACACUUUGACAUUGACAGGAAAAAAGUCAACAAUUUUAUAGGUUAUAAUUUGCACAAUACUGUGUAUAUUUUUAUUAUUUAAUUCUAUCAUUCUAUAUUACAUUUAAAGUAAUCUAAUAUAUUUUAUUAAAAAUGAAUAUAUUAAGGAAAGGAAUCAAACUUCUAUCUAUGGGAAUCAAAUCACAAUAUAAUGAAGUCAAAGUUCCAGUGUUAAAUAAUGUAUCUACAAACAUUAUCCAAACAAUGAAUACCUCUCCAUUGAGUCUUCUAGCUCGUACUAUGGCAUCAUUGGCCCAAAUGCACAGAACUGGACCGCAUAUUAAACAGAGGAAAUCUAGAAAUCCAUUGAAUGGGAACCCAUUUGCAAAGGGUGUAGUAUUAAAAACCUUAAUCAAGAAACCAAAGAAACCUAACUCUGCAAACAGAAAAUGUGUGCUAGUUCGCUUGUCCAACGGAAAGGAAAUGAUAGCAUAUGUACCAGGCAUUGGGCACAACUUACAAGAACACAACAUUGUACUUGUUAGGGUUGGAAGGCUAAAGGACUGUCCUGGUGUAAAACUCAAAUGCGUACGCGGCAAAUAUGAUCUAUCUCACGUGGUGAAGCAGAAUGCGUGAAGUUGUCGUUCGUCAUUAGUUAAAUUAUAUAGUUUCAUAGUUUAAAUA